AUGCAAGCAAAACUUUUUAUGAUUCCCUGGAUUUUUGCCGUUUUUGGAGAAGCGCAAAGGGAUGUGCUGGUGGGUAGAUCAAAAUUUUGGCGCGCAAAAAACUACAGUAAUGUUGUUUUCCAGACAGGAGGACCUGAUUUACUUGUCGAUGCUCAUCAUAGACAUUUUCACGAGAUGUUGAGAAGACAACAGGCGAUCAAUGAUGCUCUAUUGCUAAAUAAUGCACUGCAUUUGACACAUCCACAAUUUGUUGCGCAGUGCGUUUUAUUUUUUUUUUUUUUUUUGAAAAAAAAAAUCGAUUUUUUUGAGCCGGGGAAUUUCAAGAGCUUCAAAAUGAUAUAAAAUACUUGCUGAAAAUUUUUUUUUUUGAGUUUUAGAGUGGAUUUUCAGCAUAGAACUAGAGUCUAGUUCAGAAUUUUAAGAGCCUCCAAUUUAUUCUCUGAAAAUUCCAGCUGAAAAUCCAAUUUCAAAAAAAUUCCACAAUUUUCUUUCCAGCCUGAUUUUCAGCCAUAAAUCUAGAAUUUCAGAAAAAAUACCAAACUAGAGUCUAGUUUAGAAUUUUAAGAUCUUCAAGAUGCUACAGUUUGUUUUCUUAAAAUUCCAGCUGAAAAUCCAAAUUCAAAAAAAAAAUUCCACAAUUUUCUUUUCAGCCUGAUUUUCAGCCGUAAAUCUAGAAUUUCAGAAAAAAAUAGCAAACUAGAGUCUAGUUCAGAAUUUCACGGGCUACAAGAUGCUCCAAUUUGUUUCCUGAAAAUUCCAGCUGAAAAUCCAAUUUCAAAAAAAUUCCACAAUUUUCUUUCCAGCCUGAUUUUCCGCCGUAAAUCUAUAAUUUCAGAAAAAACUGUAAACUAGACUCUAGUUCAGAAUUUCAAGAGUUUCUAGAUGCUCCAAUUUGUUUUCUGAAAAUUCCAGAUUUUCUAGCUGAAAAUCCAAUUUCAAAAAAAAAAUCCACAAUUUUCUUUUCAUCCUGAUUUUCAGCCUAAAACUUGAUUUUCAGAAAAAGUAGCAAACUAGAGUCUAGUUCAGAAUUUCACGGGCUACAAGAUGCUCCAAUUUGUUUCCUGAAAAUUCCAGCUGAAAAUCCAAUUUCAAAAAAUUCCACAAUUUUCUUUCCAGCCUGAUUUUCCGCCGUAAAUCUAUAAUUUCAGAAAAAAAACUGUAAACUAGACUCUAGUUCAGAAUUUCAAGAGUUUCUAGAUGCUCCAAUUUGUUUUCUGAAAAUUCCAGAUUUUCUAGCUGAAAAUCCAAUUUCAAAAAAAAAUCCACAAUUUUCUUUUCAUCCUGAUUUUCAGCCUAAAACUUGAUUUUCAGAAAAAGUAGCAAACUAGAGUCUAGUUCAGAAUUUCACGGGCUACAAGAUGCUCCAAUUUGUUUCCUGAAAAUUCCAGCUGAAAAUCCAAUUUCAAAAAAAUUCCACAAUUUUCUUUCCAGCCUGAUUUUCCGCCGUAAAUCUAUAAUUUCAGAAAAAAAACUGUAAACUAGACUCUAGUUCAGAAUUUCAAGAGUUUCUAGAUGCUCCAAUUUAUUCUCUGAAAAUUUCAGACUUUCUAGCUGAAAAUCCAAUUUCAAAAAAAAAUCCACAAUUUUCUUUUCAGCCUGAUUUUCAGCCGUAAAUCUAUAAUUUCAGAAAAAAACUGUAAACUAGAGUCUAGUUCAGAAUUUCACGGGCUCCAAGAUGCUCCAAUUUAUUCUCUGAAAAUUCCAGCUGAAAAUCCAAUUUCAAAAAAAAUUCCACAAUUUCCUUUUCAGCCUGAUUUUCAGCCUAGAACUUGAUUUUCAGAAAAACUGUAAACUAGAGUCUAGUUUAGAAUUUCACGGGCUACAAGAUGAUCUAAUUAAUUCUCUGAAAAUUCCAGUUUUUCUAGCUGAAAAUCCAAAAUUUAAAAAAAUUUCCAUAAUUUUCUUUUCAGCCUGAUUUUCAGCCGUAAAUCUAGAAUUUCAGAAAAAAUACCCAACUACAGUCUAGUUUAGAAUUUCAAGAGCUACAAGAUGCUCCAAUUUAUUUUCUGAAAAUUUCAGAUUUCCUGGCUGAAAAUCCAAAAUUUCAAAAAAAUUCCACAAUUUGCUUUUCAGCCUGAUUUUCAGCCGUAAAUCUAGAAUUUCAGAAAAAUUAGCAAACUAGAGUCUAGUUUAGAAUUUCAAGAGCUACAAGAUGCUCUAAUCAAUUUUCUUAAAAUUCCAGCUGAAAAUCCAAAAUUUCAAAAAAAAAUCCACAUUUUUCUUGCCAGCCUGAUUUCCAGCCGUAAAUCUAGAAUUUCAGAAAAAGUAGCAAACUAGAGUCUAGUUUAGAAUUUCAAGAGCUACAAGAUGCUCCAAACUCAGACAUUCGCUGGCCAGCUCGCCACCAGAUCGCUGCGGCCACCUGGAAACCGCAUGGCCGCCAGGUCGCCUUGAGUUUUCCGGCGACGUGGCCUGUGUGUUUGAAAUUCUGGAAAGCUGGCAAGACAGUGGUUUGUACUCAAAACAGUGCAUUUUCUACUGUUUUUUUCACUUCCUAAGGUUUCAAGUGCUGCGAAAAAACAGAAAAUGAGCCAAAUUUUUCGAAAAUGCCUCGAUUCACAAGUUUUUCAGACAUUUUCAUGAAAAUUCAUUUUGACGAGGCGAAGUGGCCACCACGUGGUAGCCAUGUGGCCGUGACCUAGCCAGAGCCUGGCCACCUUGCCAGCGAAAAAAAAAACCGGGCGACAUGGUUUCCAUGUGGUUCCCAGGUCAGCCAGCCUCCCCACCUGGUGGCGAGCUGGCCAGCGAAUCUCUGAGAAGCUAGCCGCGCAAAAUCCGAAAUUUCAAAAAUUAAUUUCAGGCUCCCCCAGAUCCCACCAGCUCCACCAGCCACUCUCUUCAAUCCAAACCCAUUCCAACUCGGAAACUUGGAGCCAGCAUCUCGUAUGUUUUCUCUACCGCUCUCCACUCUCUCCACACUCUCCACACUCUCUAACUUUUUCCAGAAUCAUCAGCCAAAGGUUCCUACGGUCCAGCAGCUCCCCAGGAGCUCGCAAGAAAAACCAACCUGGCCGGCGUCAAAACUGUGCAUAUUGUGAAGAAGGAAGAAGAGGAAGAAGAUACCGUAACCCCAACUACAGUACCCCCCACAUCUACAGUACCCCCAAGUGACUUGGAGAUGUCGGAACUUUUCAAAAAAUUGAAUUUGACUCAAGAGGAGACGAAAAAUAUUGUGGAACAUGUGGAGAAUUUGGUGCGCUUGGAGCUCGCCAAAAAAUUGCGGGAAGCUGAGACAUCAACUACAGUAGUGCCGGUGGGUAGUACUGUAGCUACAGCUACAGCUACAGUACCCCCAGAGACAACUACGGUACUUUCAACUACAACUGCUGUGGAGGUGAUGACAACAUCGAAGCCGAAAUUGAGGUUGAGAACUCUUCCCAAGCAUCAUCCGAUUAAGGUAUGUGGGUACAGUACUCUAGAACCUACCGUACUCUAGAACUACGGUAGUUUUGAAAAAGCAUCAAGCACUUCUUUGCAAAACACCAGCGCUCUCCCAACGUCGCGUGUAGCUAAGUGGUAGCGCGUUGAUUUUGCGCCCAUGAGGUCAAGGGUUCGAGCCACACCCGGAGCAAACUUUUUUAUUUUUUUUUGCAGAAAGAACCUGCCUUGCCGAAUGGCGCCAUCAAAACAUCGCUGACGCAUUUGCCGAUUUUUGUUGGCGCAAACAUCGAAGAUGACGCAAACACAAAUGGUUUUGAGAAGAAGCAGCAGCACAUUUUGAUAGCCGCCAAUCAGGUAGGUCAUGCGAAUUUUUGAUCGCAAAAAUUUUUGGAGUUUCAGGAAUCGGACAAGGAUUUGUUGGUGGAUUUUGCGACGGGGUCACCAUUGGAGCUGAAUGAGCAAGAGUCUUUGGAGCUGUUGCCGAUGGCGGCGGAGCCGAUUUCGAGCAGCAGCACUACAACUACCCUGGCUCCACAGACGCUCAAACCAACUACAGUACUACCAAGGCAUCCGAAUGUGAGUUUUUGGCGAAGUUUUCCGCGAAAUUUUGACCUACUGUACUCUACAGUAAUCCAACGAAGUAUUUUUUAUCUACAGUAACCCUUAGCUACAGUAAUCUGGAUCAAAUUUAGUAUCAAAUUUUGAACUACACCAUUUUCUGACCGACAGUACCCCAGAGUUACAGUACCCUAGUCAAAUUUAUUAUCAAAAUUCUCCAAAUUUUUAUCUACAGUAUUUUUGACCUACAGUACCCCUUAGCUACAGUAACCUAGUCGAAUUCGGUCUCAAAAUGCUCUAAAUUUUAAUCUACAGUAUUUUUGACCUACAGUACUCCCUUAACUACAGUAACCCAAUCAUAUUUGGUCUCAAAAUGCUCUAAAUUUCAAUCUACAGUAUUUUUGACCUACAGUACCCCAGAGUUACAGUAACCUAGUCAAAUUCGCACUCAAAAUGCUCUGAAUUUCAAUCUACAGUCAUUUUAACCUACAGUAACCCCAAAACUCUAGUAACCUAGUCGAAUUCGGUCUCAAAAUGAUCCAAAUUUUAAUCUACAGUAUUUUUGACCUACAGUACUCCCUUAAAUACAGUAACCCUAUCAUAUUUGGUCUCAAAAUGCUCCAAAUCACCUCGCGGACUAGUUUCCGACACCUAGGCCAUCUAGAAAAUCGUGAUUCUUCCAGCACAUCCCAACAAAUUUCGAGCGUCUCGCUUCCGAUUAUCGACAAAGACUUGACGGAACUGGAGAUCUAUCAAACAUCUUCUCGAAAAUCUCGCGAAACGCUCAUAUUUCGCUGGCCAGCGCGCGUGGCUAG